UUUAGCGUGACAUUAAGCAUUCCCUGGAAAAUUAUGGAUAAUGGGCAAUUAUACAUGAUUAUGGAGGUAUUUCUGGGAAGGGUUUGCACAGUCCAGCAGUGGGGGUGAGGCUGGCUUAGGCCUAUUGAGCGCCAAAGAGACCCUUAAACAUGGAUGAAUACAAGCGCAUGUCGGACGGAGAGCUUAUUGAGGUUUUACGGAAGUACAACAUCCCACACGGCCCUGUUGUGGGUACAACCAGAAAACUAUAUGAAAAGAAAGUUUACGAAUAUGAACGCAAAAAGGGUAGAUUUCCGCCCUCGUUUGGCUCCUAUGACAGUAGGCCACAGUUCAGAAACACGGACUAUGAAGAUGACAAUGACAUCUACCAGGAAGAAACCAUCACCCGGACUGUUGGAUAUCCGCAAGCAUAUCAGAGAGAGUUACAGCAAGGAGAAUUCUUACCAGCAAGUAUCCCAGGUGCGUUACUCUUCGCAAGGAGUUGAACCUCGGAGGCCAAUCCGUGAAAAAGUCAAUGAAGAGGCUCCCGCGAAGCGCUUCAUCCCGCUCUGGCUGCAGCUCUUCCUCCUGCUGCUUCUUAUUAGUUUCCUGGCCUAUAUGUACUUCUUUCCAGAAGAAGAAGAUAAUCCAUUCAAG